AUGUCGUACCGUGGUCGCAGUGACUUCUCGGAGGGCGUCAACUCCCAGGGCAACUACUACCAGCACCGCGGCGAGGGCGCCGCCCCGGGUGGCUCCUACUACUACAGCAACAACAACGGCUCAUACUACUACCAGAACCCAAACGGGUCAACCUACCAUGGAUUGGGGGAGGGGCGCGGCGGCGUCUACACCGCGCCCGGCCAGACGCAGGGGGAGUACCGCGCCCCCAGCGCCCCCAAGUCAGGAAAGUGA